CUUUUGAGUAUUCGUUUGCAGUGUGAAAUGAAGAGCUAGGUCUAGUCAAUGUCUCAAUGAAGUGUGUGUUUCACGUGGAUCCAGUAAUUUUGUACUGUGGAGAAUCAGACUAACACAUGAUACUAGGCUUAGGCUAGCUCACCCACACGGUCACACGGGCAGCACGAAUCAAGGGUUUGACUAAGAUUAAGUCAUUAUAAGUAAUGUUUUGGUGCACUUUGACUUUGUUAAUACCUAUGGAUUAGGGGAGGGCAUGCAGAGUCAACGCCGGAAGUCAUCACUAUGCUAUACAUGUCGGCCGUGUAUUGGGAAAUGCCACUUGGAUGAUGAUAAUUAACAUAAUAAUAAUUAAUUCACUAAUUAUCUAACCUAAUCCUACACUUAGUGUUGAAGCACAUAUUUGUGAGUUAAUCUCCAAUCGCACGUGCAGUAGGCAGGGCAUGGGCCCGCGUCAUGCAUGUACGGUGGACUCGGACUCGGUAGUAUCUCUCUCUCUCUCUGACCGUUCAAACUUGGAAAUCCCUUUGCUUCAACCGACCUUUUCCCCUCACCUAGAUGUUUAUUAUAUCCUACGUACAGAUAAUACAAAUGAUAAUUUAUGAAAACGGACAAACUGUUCAACCUCAAUUAUUUGCUAUUACCAUCUGGGUUGGUUGGUUCAGCCUUCAUCAAGUGAAAUGUAAACUAUCUAACCCAGCAAGAACAGAGGGAUCUUUUUCUAGUAGUGCUAUUAGUAGAGAAAUGUAGAAUAAUGAGUAGAUAAAAAAAAAACUGACUUGAGAUGAUAAUGAAACAAAAGAAGGCCAUAAAUUACGAGAAAAAAAGAAAUAAGAUGAGGAAGUGGUAAAUAAUUAACUAGAACAAAUGAUGGUAGGCUAGCUACAUGUUGCCAUGAAAACCACCAUAGCUCAGUGGCAUGCAUUGCGGACAGCCAACAUAUGUGUGAACCCGCCCAUCCACUAGCCCACCACCACCACCUUAUACAUACAUGAUAUCUAAUUCUUCUCUUAAUUAAUUACGUUUUUUUUUGAACGGGAGGAUAUUGUUCUGAUGGUAAUACAACAUAGUUUUGAACUUAGAGAUUUCAAAUUCAAAUACAUUCUCCCCUUAAUUUCUCAAUUCCUGUCUUGCACAGUUAUAUUAAACUCAUGAAGUCAAAAUAUAUUCCACGGAAAUUUCAUCUCAUCAACAUUUGAACCCUAACCUACAGAAAAUUUACAUUAUGCAAAUCCACCAUUGAAAAUAACGUACAAUGACAACAUAUUAUUUAUUUAUUUAUUGUCUGAUCCAAAAUGUACAUAUGCAUCAGAAAGUUAUAUUUCUAUUGUCGGACUCUAAAAUUCAAACUUGUAAUAUCGAACAAAAACCAAUAUUUUAUUAGUUUUAUCAUUGUAUAAAUAAUUAUUAUUUGGCCACUAAUAAGGGUACUACUUACUAGUAUGUAAAGAAAGAAAACGGAAAAUCUAACAUUUGAAAGAAAAAAAAAAAGAUAUCGUUCUAGUCUAGAGGAAGAACAUUAUAACUACUGAGGGAACCCAUGUGGAACCUCUGGCCACUCAGUAGUCAGUUGGCCCUACCCCUCUCUCUAUAUAUAGGUGUGAAUCAAAGGCCAAAGGCACAACCAAGCAUUAGAAGGAAGGAAGAAGGCAGCAGCAGCAAAGGCGAAAAUGGAGAGCAGCAGUAGUUUCCCAACUGAGCUCUACUUUGUGUUCAUGAACUACGAUCCUCAGUACGACCGCCUUCGAGCCGACCGGACGAAGCGAGGGGCGCAUGAGUUGGAUGUGUACCUGAGCAGGAAGCACGACGCGUUGCUGUCCAGGACCUUGGAGCUUGGAACCUACACCAAGACCUGCUCUCUUGUCAUCGUCGACGGCUUCAAAGUCCAAAUCACCGAAGAUCAGGCCAAUGUGCUUCGAUCCGCCGAAGGGGUGAGGCUUGUGGAGAAGAAUCAAGAGCUUGCUUGACUAACUAAGGCGCUUCUCGCCGGCCGGGCGACGUCUGAAGUGGAGAGGGUCUGGUGCUCUAGCUGUCUAGGCUCUUAAUUAAUUAAUUAUUAUUAUUAUCGUUAGUAUUAAGGUUUAUUCCUACCAUCUGUAUCCCGAGCUUGUACAUUUUGUUACGCUAACAAAUAUUUAAGUAGCACCAGUAACGAUGGUUUGCGAGAAACACAAAAUGGUUGGGCUUCGGGCUUCAGCAACACCAGGCCAAUGUAGGCCCAAUUAUCUCAUAAUAAUCAGUUAUUCGGUAAUAUUGUUCAGACAACCCAUCAGCUUAAUUAGUUGAGAGGCCAUUUAGCUUAAGCGUAUGAUUAAAGGGCACAAAUCGCCACCAAGUCCAUUGACGAACGAGCUAUUCAGGCCUGUUUGCUGCUCCGUUCUUCUUUCUGUUUUCCCCGUUUUUGAUUUUGCUGUGUGUAAACCAUGAUAAAGCUGAUGCGAAAGGUUGUACUGAAAAAAAAUCAGUGAUAUAAUAAUUAGCUGAAAUUGUAGUUUAAUAACGAUUCAAGCAUUUGUACCGCUAAAAGCUACCUAAGAACAUUAAUAGUUUUAAGCUACUAGCCAUCUUAAUUGGUCUGAAUAGAUCGAUUGAAUAAAAUGAGUAGUUUAGAUCACAAAUGAAGAAAAACAGAGUGUAGACAGGCUAGAGAUUCGUCUUCUCCAUAAUUGAAGCCCCAUUAUUUGUUGAACAGGGGGGGGCCAACGGGAAAUGGAUUGAUGUGUGCAUCAGACUACUCAGAGGACGACUGUGACUAGUGCUGCUUUCACUUUGUCUAGUUAAGGUUAUGAAGGUACGUCCGGCAUAGAUGCCUGCAGAAGAAAAUGGCUUCCAUUUUUCAACAAACGCCUAAAACAUCUCUGCGACUUUACAAUGCUGCUAGCUAACUUGCUUUUGAGUUCUUCUGACACAUGGCAAGUGGGAAGAAGAAGAAGAAGAUAGCAUUCUUAGUUUCUUACCCUUGGACGGUUGGUUCCCUUGGCCCGGCCCCAUCACAUGGUUUUAUAAAUCCAGAUUUUUAAUUUUGAUCGAUUUGAAUCACGAUCAUUGUGGACAGUCGAGGAAGGGGUUGGAAAGUCUUAUCAAUUAAUUUAUUUUUCAAAUUUGUUACGUAUUUUACAUAUAUUUUUAUCUUUAUUUAAAAGUUGAGGAAAAUGUAAAUUUUUUAAAUCCAACGUGAUUUCGACAUUGUCUGUCUGUAAUUAUAUUACUAUUCCAGUAAACUUGUUUUUUGUUAUUUUUCGUUAUUUGUACAGAUAAAUUUUCAUAGAAUCACACUAAGUGAAUGUUAACAUAUUUAAUAGUAAAUUUUCACAUCUUUUGUUAAGUAUUAUAGAAUUACACAACAUGAGAAUUUUGAAAUAGUUGAAUGAUAAAAGUAACGAUUUCGAGAGUUGGAGCAUACUAUACCCAAAAAAAGGUGUGGAGUCUGGUGUAACUUUACAUGCAUGUAAAAUGAAUGAAUAAGCAUAGUUUUUCUCUAAAUAAUUAUAAAUGUAUGAUUUAAUCACAUACAAAUAGUAAAUGAUGGAUGUCACUUGGAAAAUAAUAUAAAAUUUAAUCCUUUAUGGAAUCUCCAAAUAGUAUAUUGUUAUCAAAUCCAUAUUUUUCCCGAUCCUUUCCUUGUUGGACCCAGCAGUAAUAGCAACACUAACUUGUUUUUUUGUUAGACUUAUCCGCCCAAACUUGACUUUCAUCAUCAGAGAGAGGAAAAUAAAGUGGGUAAUUAAAUAUUCCUACCGAU